AUGGCGCCCUCCACCGCUGAACCGACCCGCUCCACCCAGAGCAAAGCCAGCAGACCGACGCCCGUCAUGCUUCGAAUCGUUCCCGCUAUUCCACUAGCCUUCUCUCGUGCUCCUCGCGCUCCUCGCGCGAGCGUCCCAACCACUCCGGAGAACACUGGACCUUCCGACGCACCACCGGACCACACUGAAGCUUCAACAGCCGUGGAGAAGCUGCCAGACGAGCAGCGUCUGACAGAGGCGCAAGCUCCUCUCACGCCCGAGUCUAAAGCCUCCGCUCUGAGCCAAGACAGGCCAGCUGAGGACUCGCCUGGAAGCUCCUCUAGCAGGGUGUCGGGAGUUCAUGUGGAAGAAACGCAGAACACCCGAGGUUCAACAGUGUCGGACGAGCAAACCGAAGCGACGGAGCUUAACUUCUCGCCUGUCGCUCCAGAGCCUACACGAUAUCCAAUCAAAGAACUACCGCCUCCUUUCUAUCCUGCCGAACACACUUCUACUCCUAAUUCGGCAACUUCUUCGUCGACGCCAUCUUUCCAACCUCCUAUGAUUGAUACUGGCAUUCACCACCCUCGGCCAAGUACUGGUAGCAUUAUAUUUGGAGGCUUCCCGGACUCAUCCAACUCUUCGCCAGCUCCCCCUCUAGGCAUGACGGGAUACCAUCCUCCACCGCCCGGCUUCGCGCCCGGAAACUAUGCUCCGCCGCAGUUCUUUACUCCAGGCCACUCUCACCAUCCUUCAGAUCCCAAUGGCCACAUAAUGUUUCCUCCUAUGAACAUGCCUCCCCCUGUAGCAUACGGAUAUCGGCGAGACCCUCCACCUCAACAUCUGAUGGGACAGCAUCAGCCAUGGUAUCCGCAUGCUAAUCAUGCUCCCUAUCAGAUGGUGCAGCAGGAGCCAUAUAUACCGCUUCAUGAGCCUGCGCUGACUAACGGCACUGCGAAGCCUUCUCGAUCUGCGUCUCAAACAUCCAGCCAAACACACGAAGGAGAGCUCAAACAUCUUCCCGAGGCUACCGGUCUGGGCCAAGUCUCUAGACUACAGAACGGCAUCCGCCAUAGGGCCGUAGAUCCAGAGGUAGAAACCAGCAGAAUCGCCCGUAUUGACUACCUUUAUUCCCGGUUCGGAAAUCCAGAGUUUGCGGACCGCCUUCUUCAAAUUGGAUUUGCAGACACCGCACCUUUCUUCGCCAUGCCGGUUCACAGCGUCAUCGUUGCAGAUAGCAAAACUCUGGCGUUGGCAUUCUCUGCAGCGACUGAACGUUAUCAAGAUGGUGUCAAAAUCACGCAACUUUUUGUUGACGAUAAGUUCAUUACUCAGCAAGCAGUGACGGAGGCUCUCAAGUAUCUCUACGGUGCACCUCUUCCAAUACCGGCAAAGUUCUCACAAGGCCUGCAAGCUUUUGAUCGUAAUGCGGAGCAGGUCGACCCAUAUGGUCUAGCCCGCCAACGUAUGGACCAAGCUCUGAGUUUCUCCGCUGCUGGAGCCUUCCUUCGACUACCAGAAGUUGCCAACCGGGGUAUUGACAUUGCGCUGCACGUUCUCAGAUGGGACAACAUUGAGCGCGCCCUGGAAUUCGCUCUACAAGGCGGACUCAGCCCACCGUGGCGUGAUGCUCAAUCAGAAUCUCCUUCUAUACACCAGCCUACAUAUGACCCAUAUAGCUCCUCUCUACUUCGUGGCAUCAUGGCUUUCAUCUCUCUUAGCUUUCCUUCGGACUUCAGACUGAACAAUAUAGCUCCACAGCUCUCCGGGAGUCCAUUGAUCCCGAAUCUCAUGGAACCUAGGCCUUCAACUCAUCACCCACGCCUGAGCAUGAUUAGAUUUGGACAGGUCCCACUCGAAGACACUCCUCGACCCACUUUCGUGAUGACUUUACUCUCAAGCAUUCUUCUAUCGCUUCCCUUUUCAGUUCUUCGAAGCCUAUUCGACAAUGCCGCGCUCGGUGGUAAACUUGGUUGGCCCAAGGUUGUAGAAGUUAUGAAGUCAGUCAUCGAAGAACGCGAAGAUAGACGCAAGAAAGCGUUGGAGGGCCACAGCAAAGGUGCGCUACCAUCCGGAGCGGAUCAACAGCUCGUAGAGAAUCUUCAAUGGGAAGAGCGUGUUGAUCAAUCGGACAAAGUCGAGAGUGGCUUCUGUGUGGCGCGCUCCCGGAGAACCGCCAACGGUCAGGAGUAG